CAUGCUCUAAGAUUUGUCGACACGAACGUUUAAUUUAAAGUUUCCAUAUUUCAAGCAAAAAAACAAAAAAAACAAAAAAAAAAACACUAGCAAAGCAGAGGACUGAAACGUUGCGGUGGUUACUUCCACAGAAGCAUAUUCAAUAUUGAUUCAUAUACAAAAUCGCUAAAAACUGAAAAGGUAGCAAGACAAUAGCAAUAUCAGCAAUCAGCAUGGCUUGUUCAUCUUCAUCAUCAUUUUCAUUUCUACUUCCAAAGAAUUUUCAUCUUCGUCCUCAACUUUCCCUAUUUCCUCCACCUUUUUCUUCUUCCCUCCGUUCUCGUUCCCGCCUUUCAAUACAAGCAAGCGCAGCACUCACCCUUGACUUAUCGGAAAAAACUCCAAAUAGUUCUGCUGUACAAAAUGAUCUACUGGCCUGUCCAAUAUGCUUUGAAACCUUAAUGAGGAGAGGUCCCCCAGGCUUGAACUUGGAAGCAAUUUAUAGGUCUGGAUUUAAAUGCCAAACGUGCAACAAGUCAUACUCAAGUAAAAACGUUUACUUGGAUCUUACAGUAACUGCAGGCUCAGAGGAGUAUUCAGAAAAUAAACCAACUAGCACAGAACUAUUUCGGAGUCCAGUUGUGUCUUUUCUGUAUGAACGGGGUUGGCGUCAAAAUUUCAACCGAAGUGGUUUUCCAGGUCUAGAGGAAGAGUUUAAAAUGGCUCAAGAAUACUUCAAACCAGCUGAAGGUGGCCUACUAGUUGAUGUUAGCUGUGGAAGUGGGCUGUUCUCUCGAAAAUUCGCUGAGUGUGGAACCUAUUCUGGGGUGAUUGCUCUCGACUUCUCUGAAAAUAUGCUUCGCCAAUGUUAUGAUUUUACUAAGAAGGAGGGUCCCGCUCUAUCCAAUAAUCUUGCUCUUGUGAGGGCAGAUGUUGCUAGGCUACCCUUCCCAUCAGCUUCAAUCGAUGCUGUUCAUGCUGGUGCUGCCUUACAUUGCUGGCCAUCUCCUUCAAAUGCUAUUGCUGACAUCACUCGUGUACUGCGAAGUGGAGGCGUUUUCGUGGGAACCACUUUUCUCAGAUACACAGCUUCAACACCUCCUCUACUAAGGCCUUUAAGAGAGCGGAUUCUCCAGACCUACAGUUACCUAAUAGAGGAGGAGAUUGAGGCCUUGUGUAAAUCUUGCGGUCUUGUCGACUACUCAAGCAAGGUUCAACAAUCAUUCAUCAUGUUCUCUGCACGAAAGCCCUGAUAUCAGCCUUGGACUGAAAGGAAAAGUAUAUGGCAUGUCAGAUCUGAUGGAGUAAUUAAUACAAGAUGAAGGCCUUUUCUUCUCGCUGAGUAUACUGUAUAGUGUAUACAAGUUAGUUUAUUUAGACACUACAUCAAAAUGGUGACAUGGUGAUGCAAGUAUAUAUAUGUAAUAUAUGUAUUAAUAUCAAUUUGUAAUUUUCAAUAUCAAGAAUUAAUUUCAAAGAUAUUUUCGAUAUCAAUUAGCAGAUUGGUUGUUUUCUGAUUUGUAAA